UCCCCGGCGAUUGCGCGCUGUGGGCUGAGGCGGCUGUCGGCAUUCAGACGAUGCCGUGACGCAGUAGAGCGGCCGCGUUAACUGUGUGAACGCACCCCUACGAAGGGAGCCUUUCGGUUCGGGCGGCGCCGCGCUGUGGAGACAGGUUACUAUUUGAGAGUGCUUCCUCGAAGCCCCUCAGCUAGUGGGGGAGGGGUGGCGGACGCCGAGCGGUCCGGGUCUGCGCUUGCGCUGGAGUCUUUGCCGACCCGGCCUGUACGCACGCGCAUGCCCGUAGCUCACGGAGCCGCGGUAGCCAGCCAUACCGCGCGUGCGCGCCGAGGAGCCCGCUAAGGAGCGGCGCUGGCGGACGUCGGGCUGGCGGCCCGUGACGUCUUGAGGAGCGCUUUAAAGUGCGGGCCGGGCCGGGCGUCUGAGGGUCUGACUGGGAGUCAGGCCGAGUCUCCGCAGCAGCCCUCCGCGGCAUGAGGCGCUGCCGGAGCCCCUGCCGCCUGGGACGUGGAGAAGGUGGAGGAGGAAGGCGCCCAGUUGUCGCUACCGCUGCAUGACCCGCCGCCUCUGAGGCUCGACCCCACACCCGGUCCCUCUACACCCCCCGCCGCGUCCUCCGCCCACGGAUGGGGGCCCGGCGCUGAGAACCUCAUUCCCUCCGGGGGCCCCGGGGCGCGUCCCCCGAGAGCCAUGCCUGGCCGCCCCGCCCGCCCCGGAGGACCCUAAGAGCGGCGGCGCGGGGGCCAUGGCGGCUGCCAGCGGCUACACGGACCUGCGUGAGAAGCUCAAAUCCAUGACGUCCCGGGACAACUACAAGUCCGGCAGCCGAGAGGCCCUUAUUCUUGAGAAGGAAGCUGAUAAUCGGCCAGGAAAGAAAGGUUUGCAGUCCAGGGGCAGAAUAAUGUUGUCUAUCAACUAUUCACAGCCACGUGUUCUGUUUCUUUUUAGUGGAUAUGCUGCUGAUGAAAUCACUCACUGCAUACGGCCUCAGGACAUCAAGGAGCGCAGAGCGGUCAUCAUUCUUAGGAAGACAAGAUUGGAUGCACCCCGGUUGGAAACAAAGUCCCUGAGCAGCUCCUUGUUACCACCCAGCUAUGCUUCAGAUCGCCUGUCGGGAAACAACAGGGACCCUGCUCUGAAACCGAAGCGGUCCCACCGCAAGGCAGACCCUGAUGCUGCCCACAGGCCACGGAUCUUGGAGAUGGACAAGGAAGAGAACCGGCGCUCAGUGCUACUACCCACACACCGGCGAAGGGGUAGCUUUAGCUCUGAAAACUACUGGCGCAAGUCCUAUGAGUCCUCAGAGGACUGCUCAGAGGCGGCAGGCAGCCCCGCCCGAAAGGUGAAGAUGCGGAGGCACUGAGGCCUGCCUGCCACCCUCCUGGGAACUGUGGCUAAUCCUCAUGUAGCUGCCCCUCCUUUUGUUUUGUUUUGAGGAUUUUGUUUAUUUUUUGUUUUUUUGAUCCUUUUUUUUUUCCUUGAUUUAUUGGCUGUUAAGUCUGAACAGAAUUGGCCAGGACCUGGGUUCUUAUGUUCUUGGUUUUCCUCCUGGAUGGAAAGGCUAUUGGCAUCUGUAGGGGACAGAGGUUCACACUGGAGUGGCCAGUAGAGGUGAGGGGGGGGCAGCCAUCUUCAAGUGGGGUUGUGUUAGGCAGGGUUUAUUUAAAAGCAACAAAAUGUUUUAGUUAAGAAAAUUAUUUUGCCUUCAAUGUAAAUCUUUGCAGUGUUCUAAACAAAGUUCAAUCUCUCGCCCAUCCCUUUUCUCCAUUUACAUCUGUGCUUGGUGGAGGUCUCCUAGAGCUUUUGCUGCAAGCCCUGUGUUGGGCCUGCUGUCCUCCACUUCUCAACUGCUCUCCGUGCUCUGGAAGCUCAUGCAAAUACCCUUUCCUUCCUGUGACAGGGUUGUUCAGGUUGGCUGAGCAGGGGGUUAAACAAUGCUAGCACAUGCCAGCCCAAAGCUAUUGCCAAGCCCCCUGGGCUUCUUCCAUGCCUGCUGGCCUGCUCUACCCACAAUUCCUUGGGUUGCUGAGAGGCUGGUGCAGUGGUCCUGACCUCUCUUGCCAAGAGUACGCCUCUUUGCUGGGUGGCUCUUUUUAAGCAUAUGCUUAUGAUUGUAUGGAACAGUUAGACUUACCAUGUUGGGUCAGUUUUAGGAAUUUUUUCUAGCUACAGGGGCUGGUGUUCUAGCAUUUGGGGUAUGGAAAAUUGUUGUGGUGUGUGGUAGGGUUUUUGUUUUCUUUUGUUUUGAGUUUUUUCUUUUUGUCUCCUGGUUUCUUCCUUUCCCUUUCCUUCCUCCAUUGGCCAGCUUGGGCCUCCUCCCCAUGCCAUCCCUCUCUGAAGGCGCCUGCCCCCUCUGUCAGCCUGCAACAUGUAUCCAAGGCCAGAACUCAGGCCUGCAGGCCCAGUUGGUGCCAUCUCCACCUUGGGUGUGGAUGCUGGGGAAAGGGGCUUUAAAAAAUAAUAAAAGAGAAAAAGGUAAAGUUUUUGGCAAUUUACCAGUUCUACUCACUCAGAUCCUGGAAAGCAACAGGGUUUUGCUGAUCUAGUCCAUUAGGAAAGUCUUCUCCACAGCUAGGCCAGGACCAGGGCUUGCCUAGAGCAAGGCCUCCCGGCAAUCAGGCUACCACCAUUCUGGGGGCUUUGUUUCCACAGGCCUGGGCCUGAGGCCUCAGAGGCUACAGAAAUCUGGGGCAGCCACUAUCAGGAAGCCCCUCUCAGGGGCCAGAACUCCUUUGCCAGUGUGGAUUCCUCAAGUCAGGACUGCAUAAUUAAAGCAGUUGCAGUUUUAUUUUUUUUACAGCUUUUUUCCCAAAAAUGAUUUGUAGUUGUGUGUGCAGCACUUUGCCCUGAUAUGUGUGCUCUACAAUAAAAACCAAAUCUAAUAUAUUUUGAAA